GUCGCCAUUUUGUUACAGUUUAGUUGAGGGAUCGCCGAGCCCCGAACGACAGUCUGCGGGGCCCGCGCUACGUACAGACCCCCAACACGGAGACUCAACACCCCAACCGGCAGCAUGGCCGAGGCGGACGCCCGGGAAGACGCGUGCAGGGAUUACCAGUCCUCACUGGAGGACCUGACCUUCAACAGCAAGCCCCACAUCAACAUGCUGACCAUCCUGGCCGAGGAGAACGUGCAGUUCGCCAAGGAUAUCGUCAGUCUUAUCGAAGCGCAAAUCGCCAAGAUUGCAGCCGCAGGUGGCCGGGAACGUGCCGGGAAUCUGCCGCCUCAUGGCUUUGGUUCAUUCAGCAGAGCUCAGCCGGCUCCUACCACGGAGAAGCUUCCGGUCAUGUACCUUAUGGAUUCCAUUGUAAAAAACGUCGGGAGAGACUACCUCGCAGCCUUUGCUAAAAUCCUAGUUUCUACGUUUGUAAAUGUUUUUGAAAAGGUGGACGAAAACACUAGGAAAAGUUUGUAUAAAUUACGCUCGACUUGGGACGAGAUUUUCCCCUCAAAGAAAUUGUUUGCGCUUGAUGUGAGAGUGAACUCCUUAGACCCGGCCUGGCCCGUCAAACCUCUGCCCCCCAACGUGAAUACGGCUAGUAUCCACGUUAACCCCAAAUUCCUCAACAAAUCGGAAGAAGCGCCCGCGGUAGCCGCUCCUCCACCGAGCCCCGCGCCGCCUCGUCCCAAUAACACCGAGACGCAGAAACAUCUGUCUCAGGAGCAGCUCAUCAGGCAGCAGCUGUUGGUGAAACAAAAGCAGUUAUUGGAACUUCAACAGAAAAAGUUGGAGCUGGAACUAGAGCAGACAAAAGCCCAACUGGCAAGCAGCAUUUCAGUGCCCGUGAAACCGCAUCCCGCUCCGGAAAUUCACCACCUCCCUACCAGAGCGCCUCACCCAACUCCGGCGAAUCCGGAAAAGACCCGAGUCCCGGGACCACCCCAGCCUCACGAGAAACCCCAUGACAAGUCUCCAGUGCCCACCAGAGACCCUCGUCUAGUAAGGGUGAACCAGCACUCGUCGCAUGCCAACCAACACUCGUCGCAUGCCAACCAGCAUUCGGCGCAUGCUAAAGAUCAAAGUCACAAAAAAGACGCGAAGUCGACCUCCGUGAGUCCGACCGAGAAUAAAGCUGCUAAACCUUUAUCGAGCGAAAAACCGAGCUUCUCGAAACCAGAAAAGCCGAAAUCGGGAGAAAAACCCGCAAAAAGAGAAACUCUGCAGGCAGAGCUGAAACGCAAGUCCACGACGCCGUCGCCUCUGAAAGCCAAAAUACCGCACUUGAAGUCCCAGAGCGCGGAAAGCCCCAGGGACCCUGAAUUAAUUAGACGAGAUCCGAGAUUGCGGAAACACCUCGGCGAUAAAACGGACGAGAAAGAGGGAGACGCGAAGGAGAAAAGGAAAAGCGCGGAGAAGAAAGAGGAUCACAAGUCCACAGAGCACCGGCCCGCCGGAAACCGGAAUAAACUUGUAAACGGGGUCGCGCAGAAAAACGAAUCGAAUGCUGACUCCGAUAAAACGGCCUCAAAAUCCGGGCGAGUGAACAACCGAGUUAGGUCACGAUCUCCGCUGCAUUCCCCCAAGCGACGGGAGAGAAGGUCUCCUAAGAGGCGACAGCGGAGCCUAUCUCCGAUUCCUUCUCUGCUAAAAAUAGGCAAGCUGCGUCCUCCCGCCAAUAAACCGUCUCACGCCGAAGACUUCCCGCCAAACGUGCGCGACGAAAGAAAUAAAAGGAGCGCCAAAGCAGACGCUCGCGACGGCAGGCGGCCAAAGAGGACCUCCGAGGAAAAGCUGCCGGAUCCCGCCGCUCCGCUUUCCAACAAGCCCAAUUCUGACCCGAAAGAGAAUACCGACGGAUGGCAGGGGUCAAAGCCUAGCAAGCGGAGGUGUAGCUGGGAGGAAAAUAAAACUCCGCAGAAAGAUGACCACCCGCUGGGUAACAGGAGCUCGUACGCGAGACACAGAGAUAGCUGGCCCGGUAAUAACGGCGUGCAGUCUCCCCGGACGCCAAAGCAACAACCUUUCUUAAGUGUCGACGCCAACCUAAAGAUUCCGAAGGAGUUGACGAGCGCGAGUAAAGGAGAGCUGCUCCAAAAGGCGAACGAGAGGUUGGCGUCCGGAGAAAUAACACAAGAUGAGUUCCUUGUCGUCGCUCACCAGAUUCGUCAGCUCUUUCAAUAUCAAGAAGAAAAGCAGAGAUGUAAUGUGUGGGAUAGUCCCACGGCGGAGGGCAAAGGGGGGGCGCGCAAAAAGCCUCUCCUCUCCAACGCCGAGCUGACCUACUAUGAGCACAAAGCCAGACUGAGACGGACGCAAGUUCAGCAUCCCCUCCUGGGGCGCGAUUUCUCCGACUCGGAAUAUAUGGAUUUCCCGCUCGAUGACUUGGUUCCUCCGGGGCAUGAAGGUGAAUAUGGCGGAAGAAACGAACAGUUUCCAGAGAGACACAGGCGCAUGUCUCCGGUACCGGGCGCAAGGCCACAUGAAGAGGACGCGAUUAUCGACGGUCACCGAAGACACGAGGAACGGCGAGAGCUCGCCAAAGGAUUACGAGAGAAACUACCUUUCAACGAGCCUAAGAGAUCCCGGUAUGAGGAAUUGGAUCAGGCGCCUUUCGGCGACAGCCCGGAUUUGAGACUGAUUGGGAAAGAGCCUAAUUCCAAACAUGGCGCUUUACUUGAUGAAAUAAGACCAAUGCUCGAUGUCCCACUAAGGGUGCCUGCUACCAGGGUGGAUGGAGCCGCGAAUAAAGGUUUUGAAGAGCCUUCAAAUAUAUCCAGCCUUAGAGAGGGUUCUCCUGCAAACGCGUCUAUGCAGUUUGAAGCCGCAUCGGGGGGCCAGGCUGGACCUCAGUGUUUUGAAGCGAUGCCUGUGCAGCCGGUUGAUGCACUUUUUGAGCCCAGAGGAGGCAGCGCAAUUGAUGGCCCGAUGUUUGAAGGUGGACAGAACCAAGUAGUUGCCCCUAACAUCCCUAUGGGCCCUCAAAGAUUAGAACUUUCGCAAGGUCAACCUUUAGGCGUGCAGAGAUUUGAUGGAGGGCAGACGUUAGGCCCUCAGCGGUUUGAAGGUGCUCCUGGGCAGCCGUUGGGCCCUCAGCGAUUUGAAGGUGCCGUAGGCCCGCAGAGGUACGGCGGAUCACCAAGGCCACCAUUCUUGCAGCAAAGAUUCGAUGGCGUGCAGGGCCCACCAAUGAGAUUUGAACAACCAAUGGGAUUUGACAAUGCUGGACAGUCGGUGGGUUCAGUGCGGUUUGAUGGGCCUCCAGGACCGAGAUUUGAUCAGCCUCCAAGGUUCGACCAUGGACCUGGUCCGCAACCUAUAAUGAGAUUUGAUGCACCGAUGGGGCAAGGUGGUCCUCGGUUUGAGGGGGGUCCAAGAUUUGACGGAGCUCCAAGAUUCGAUGGCGUGCCCAUUAAUAGAUUUGAGGGUCAACCACCCCUCAUGUCAGGAUUUGAUAUGCCGCAUGUGCAACCUUGCCAGCGAUUUGAAGGACCUCCACGACAUCAGACACAGCCCAGGUUUGACGGGCCUCUGCAAAUGCAGCCACGUUUCGAUGGACCUCUGUCUCAAAGGUUUGAUGGACAUAACCAACAGAUGCGGUUUGAAAUGCCUAUUGGCCACCAAAGGCCACCGUAUGAUGUAAAUCCACCUGCUAUCAGGCAAAACGCGCCGCCUUACGGUCAGACCGGUCCUUAUCCUGAACAUCAAAACGUGUUUCAUGGACCCUCUCAAGGAAUGCCGUUCCAAAGACAAGAGCAGCGCUUUGAGAUGUCUCAGGGUCCGAACUUCUCCGCUCCAGCCGCUCCUGGUUUUCCUAACCAGGUCAGGCCGCCGGGACCGUAUUUUGAUGACAAAAAUCCUCAAGGGCCUCAGUUCGGCAGCUUUAACAACGUGCCGGUGGGAAACUUGCAACCAAAUCAGCCGUUCCCGACUCUAGGAGGAAUGGUGCAGCCGGCCCUUUACAAUCCCGAGCAGACAUUCGCGCCUCCGGCACAAGGACCGAAUGCAGGAGUGUUUGCCAACAACCAGCAGGCCGGCGCGUUUCCCUUUCCGGAGAAUCACUUGGGUCAGGUUGAUGUUAACGAGCUCUUCUCCAAGCUCUUGUCGACCGGAAUCCUUAAGCUGUCGCAGAGUGAAGCUUCGAGUCAAUCAACGAUGGAGUCGCCUGAAGUGGUGGAGCCGGCUUCACAGCCGCCUGCUGCUGAUGAAGAGGAGGAUGAGCCCGCAGAGGACAACAGUGUUCCCGAUCUGACGUCUUUUACCAUGGAAGAUUUGAAGCGCCGAUACGACAGUAUUAUUAACCGCCUGUACACCGGAAUCCAGUGCUACUCAUGCGGGAUGCGCUUCACAAAGUCUCAGACGGACGUGUACGCCGAUCACCUGGACUGGCAUUACCGGCAGAACCGAACCGAGAAAGACGUCAGCAGGAAAAUAACCCACCGCCGCUGGUACUACAGUCUGCAGGACUGGAUUGAAUUUGAGGAAAUUGCAGAUUUGGAGGAGAGGGCCAAGAGCAACUUUUUUGAAAAGGUACACGAGGAGGUCAUCUUAAAAACUCAAGAAGCUGCCAAAGAAAAGGAGUUCCAGAGCGUGGUGGCCGGACCCGCAGGGUCUGACGAGCUUUGUGACAUCUGUCAGGAGCAGUUUGAGCAGUACUGGGAUGAAGAGGAGGAGGAAUGGCACCUCAGAAACGCCAUGCGCGUCAACGACAAGAUUUAUCACCCUUCGUGCUACGAUGAUUAUAAAAACACGUCGUCGUUUUUGGAUAACACGCCAUCGCCUAGUAAAACUCUGCUGGAAAACCCGCUCAAUGCCAUGCUAACCUUGGUGAAGGAGGAAGAGCCGGAGCCUUUGCCGGCCGUCACCGUGAAGGAAGAGCCAUCGGAGGCGCCCGUCACGAGCUGCAGCGAAAGCAUCCCGCUCCUCGCCGAAAUCAAACCGGAGCCCGCCGAGUCCGACGCGCCGCUGCAUUAGCCGAGUCUGCCAAGGCCGACGGCGUUCCUGGAACUGAACUGGGGCAGGGUCCUCAGAUUGUAGGUUCAGAGAUUCAGGACUGCAAAACAUUAAAGAAUUUUCUCAAGUAUUUGCUUCUGAGUGCGUUAGGCGCCAUCUAUACUUCAGUUGUUAUUUAAGAAUUUAUUCAAAUAAACAGAAUAAAAUUCCCAA